GGUGCACUUUCCAUAUUGUAGCAAUAAAUCAGCAGAUGGCGAAGUUUCUCCAGAAAUGUGAUGGAUUACCACUUGGGAUUAUUGAAAUCAGUAGGGCUUGCGGAGUAAGCCUCGUCAAACUAAAUACGAGUGGAAAAAAUUACGUGAUAGCCUUGAGUCUGAAUUGAGAAGCGGUGGUGCCCUUUCAGAUAUUAUGAGAGUGUUUUCUGCAAGUUACAAGGAUUUACCUUACCAUCUCAAGUAUUGCUUCUUAUACAUGAGUAUUUUUCCUGAGAAUAAUCCAGUUAAGCGAAGAAGACUGAUUCGGCUAUGGAUAGCUGAGGGAUUUGUAACAGAGGAGAGAGGCAAGACUCUUGAAGAGGUGGGGGAAGAGUACCUGAAUGAGCUUAUUUGCAGGAGUCUGAUAAAGGCAAAUGAAAUGGACUUUGAUGAAAGGCCAAUAACUGUUGGAGUCCAUAGUCUCAUGCAUAGGAUAAUUCUCUCAGUGUCACAAGAGGAGAACUUCUGUACUGUUUGUGCAGGACCAGAAGGAAACUUGGCUGACAAACCCUGGCGCCUAUCCAUCCAGACGGGAAACUUUCAUCCGGACGGGAAACUUUGAUGUGUCUCAGGACUUAACCUGUGUUCGAACUUUUUUCAGUUUCAGUACAGGUAGGGUAAACAUUGGUUCGAAUUUCAAACUAUUGAAGGUUUUGGACAUACAAAGCACUCCUUUGGGAAACUUUCCAAGUGCCAUUACAGAUCUUCUGCUCUUGAGGUACUUGAGUUUGAGGAAUACAAAUAUAAGGAGCAUCCCCAAAUCCCUCAGGAACCUACGACACCUUGAGACCUUGGAUCUUAAGCAGACUCUGGUAACAAAGGUACCCAAAGCAGUCCUACAAUUGGAGAAACUUCGCCAUCUGCUGGUUUAUUGCUACAAUAUGGAAAGUGCACCUUUUGAUAUUGUUCAGGGGUUCAAGGCACCAAAGGGGAUCGACACAUUGAAGAACCUACAAAAGCUAUCAUUUGUAAAGGCGAGUGGGCAGCACAGAAUGAGUCGGAAGCACAGAAUGAUACAAGGGCUCGACAAUAUUACGCAGUUGAGGAAGCUGGGCAUUGUAGAACUAGCAGAAGAACAUGGGGCGAGCUUGUGCCUCUCAAUUGAAAAGAUGCCAAAUCUCCACUCCUUGAAUGUAACCUCCCUUAAUAAGGAGGAGCCUCUGGAGCUUGAUGCAAUGACCAAUCCAUCGCCCCUUCUUCAACGCUUGUACCUCAGAGGGCCUUUGGAAAGGUUUCCACGGUGGGUAUCUUCUCUACAUGACCUGGAGAGAAUACGCCUAAAAUGGUCUUCACUCACAGAAAACCCGAUUGCAGCUCUUCAAAACCUCCCAAAUCUGACAGAGUUGCAGUUGCUUGAUGCAUACACUGGAACCCAGUUGGACUUCAACUCAGGAAAAUUUCAGAAGCUUAAGAUAUUAGACCUUGAGCAAUUGAAACAGCUGAGGUUUAUCAUAAUGGAAGAUGGCACAUUGCCUUGCCUACAAAAGCUGAUCAUAAGGCAAUGCAAUGAGCUGGAACCUGUCCCCGUUGGUAUUGACAGGCUCCAUCAUCUCAAUGAGCAGCACCUCUGCGAUAUGCCUGAGAAAUUCGUGGCCCAGCUGAAGAAAAACGGUGGUCAAUUUCGCCGUCUGGGUCACCAUAUUCUGUGUAUUGAUUCAUAUAACCAGGGCCAGUUGAAAGAUCUUUCUUGAUCAUUAUACAUCUAUGAGAAAGAAUCAGGUCUGUAGAACAACCUGAAUUCAUCGUUUCCUUCUUACCUUGGAUCUUAAGCAGACUCUAAUAACAAAGGUAUUGGAUCUUAAGCAGACUCUAAUAACAAAGGUACCCAAAGAAGUCCUACAACUUGAGAAACUUCACCAUUUGCUGGUUUUAUGUAUCAACCAACAGCUUCUUAAUUUACUUGUGCUUUAGGGCUGUUUGUUCUUGUGGAAGUCAUUUCUCGGCAGAAAAAUAUCAUUCCAGUGUCUGACUCAUUGCACAAUUUGGUGUGUUUUCCAUUUUUCCAGUAGGAAGUUUCUCCAGUAUUUUCACCUUUUAAGCUGUUGUUAAUUGGAGGUUCUCUAGCUAUGUAAAUUUCAUUUUCCUAUCUAGAAAUAGCUUUGAGACCAACAUAUGGAGCCAUGAAAGAAACCUAUUAUCUGUUGCAUGUAGUCAUUUAGUUGUUUGAUUUUCUUCAUAAAUUUUUUUUUCAUCAAACUAGAAAGCUGAAGGAUUUGUUAAAUACAAGUGAAAAAUGAUUUCUAGUCCACUGUCAACUAUUCUGUUUAUCAGAUCAAUUUGCUGCUAAAAUCUUCUUUCUCGUUUGGGUUAUCACCAACUGAAGGUAUUGGAUCUUUAUGUGUGGCUGAGUUUCCAAUUGGAGGAUUUGUUCCCAGACCGUGAACUGGCAUUGUCACAGAGGGCCAUCUGUAGCAUGUUGAUUGAGGGGUUCCUGGAAAGAGGAGGGUGGCGACAGCCAAUGGCAAGUAGUAUGCCCUCUCGCAUUAGCUCAACUUCUCUUUUAUCACACAAGCAAGAUCUGUGAGACAUCAUUUGAAAAAGUUCACUCCCAUCUCCUUUAUGCUCUGUUUGACUUUGGGUGAGUCUGAAGGUUAAAGUAACUUGGAAACUAGAACGGCCAAUACUUGCUACUUUCUUGUAGUCUCCAUAACUAAUAUUUCCUUAUCAAUUCUUUUGGCAAUCAAACCAAGCAUUAAGCUUAAGCUUUCCGAGGAGAAAUUUCAUGCUUCUGAUGCUGCAGUUUUCUUGUAAAUUUCUAAAUGCACACUUUCUUCAACAUUGUAUUUUCUUUUCUUGCUGUACAUUCUUUCGUUUAUGUGAACCAAUUGAUGGAAAAGAAAUAAUCAACUAAUUUUUUUUGUUA